AUGGAGCACAUGUGGCUGAACUCGGUGAGUCAGUGUGUGGUAUCUGUGUCGGUGAUCGUGGUGAGUGUGAGGAUGUCUAUGGGUGGUGGUGGGAUCGAGGAGGAUGGAGGAGGCCAGGGUGGAGGUGGUCAUACCCGGAGCGGGAGUGUUUCUGCCUGCCUGAAGUUGUGUCUGGGCUGGGUGGGGGCAGUGGGGGGUGCGGCGGGGGUCCCUGUCUCUGUGCUGCUGAACCUGAGGAGUCCCCAGUGCCUGUACACCUGCAUCACCCUGGUGUGCUGUCCUCUGCUGGUCAGGCAGUUCACUGUCUGCCUGCUGCUGCUCAUGACCCUCAACUCCCACCUGAAGCACCGCAUGGGGAGUAGGUACAGUUUGCUGGUGACACGUCGGCGGGCCCUGUGUGUGGUCCUGCUGUGCUGGGUGGCCUCUGUCCUCUCCUCCUUUGCCCAAUUCAUCGGCUGGAACGUCCUGGACACCUGGGGAGGGGAUGAGGGAUGGCUGGAUGGGCUGGGGCUGGACGGCAUCCCCCCAGGCAACUGGACCUCCCCUCCUCCCCGUCCGAUGCCUCCCAAGUACAACCAGGACCGCUCUGUGAUCGGGAAGUACCUCCCUUACGGAGGCUUCCUGUCCAAGUUCUACGUGGAGGAUCUCCAUAACUUCACCUAUGCAGAGAUCCAUGGGAGCCACUGGGGGGUGUGUGCCCCCGACACUGUCCUCAGCCCCCAGUUCCUGGUCUAUGUCUAUGGGGUGACCGUCUUCUUGCUCCCCCUAAUGGGCCUGCUGGCCAUUUACCUAGAUCUGGUCUGUGUGAUGCCCAGACAGGACCCUGAUGGUCCGGGUUCUGGCCCCCCAAAACGCCGCUCUCCCCGUGCCCGCUCCCUAGGCCUCUCCCUCUGCCUCCUUGUCCUCCUGUGCCUACCCCUUCACAUCACCCACUCCCUCCUGCUUUUCUCCCCAGGCACACUGCCCCCGACCUGGGCUUUCCCGCUGGUCUCGCUCCUGUCGCAGCUCUACGGUCUGGUGCCCCCUCUCCUCUUCACCAUUCCCGCACAACGGGUGGGGGCCGAACAGGUACCCCUGCCUCUGCCCCACCUGGCCCCCACAGGAGGUAAGACGGUGGGCGGAGCCCUGUGUUCAGCUGUGCAGGCGGCAUCCUGCUCACUCAAAGGAAGGCUGUGCCCAGAUGUGUGUGUGUAA